UCACUGGUAGCACGAUGCUGUAUGGUCUAAAAAUAACCCAUCAGCAUUUUUCUCUUUCUUCCUUGCACAUGGUUACUGUUAAGUUCAUGAAUCAAGCGGCGCCGUUAGUACAGUUGGAAGAACUACACAUGCACAUCAGACUAAAGGCUUCCUGCUAUUGCAGCAGAAGCAAUACCAAUACUAUCAGAGAUAAAUUGUAAAAAAAAAAAAAAAAAGAAAAAAGAAAAAAGAAAAAGGGGGUGAGGAAUGGCUUGAGAGGAAUAGAAAAAAAGCCACGAGUGAUCAAUAUCUGGCUGUCGUUGAAAAUUGCUGCAGUGUUUUAAAGGAGUCGCAUAUUCUAAAAGGCAUUGACAGAGCGGGGCACCGGAGCCACAUGUCACAUGUGCUUCGUAGGAAGAAACGGGGCAUCUGCAAGCUGGACCUGGAGGAGGAUGCUGCGGCAAGUGAUUCACAGAGGGCUCAAAGCUGCUUUUUACUGGCUCGGCUUAUUUGUUAGCAGGCAUCCAGUGUUUUUCCUCACUGUUCCCGCAGUCUUAACUAUAAUCUUCGGAUCCACCGUCGUGAGCAGAUUUAAGCCCGAAACAGACCUAGAGAUUCUGGUUUCCCCGACCCACAGCCUGGCAAAAAUAGAAAGGAGUCUGGCGAACAGUCUUUUCCCUAUCGAGCAGUCCAAAAACAAGCUGUAUUCAGACCUGCACACUCCUGGCAGAUAUGGCAGGCUGAUCCUGCUCUCGAAAUCCAGGGAAAACAUUUUGGAGCUACCCAAUCAGGUCCUACAGGUACAUAAAUCGGUGCUGGAUUUGAAAGUUAAUUACAAAGGUUUUAAUUACACUUUCGCUCAUCUGUGUGUCAUGAGCAAUCGGGACAAGACAUGUCUUUUGGAUGAUAUUAUUUCGAUUUUCGAGGACCUCCAGCAAGCUGCCGCUUCAAAUAGCACACCUUCUUCCAGAGUGCAAGUCAGCUAUCCAAACACCAGAUUAAAGGAUGGCAGGAUCUCUUUCAUUGGCCACCAGCUGGGAGGGGUCACAUUCGCUGCAAAUAGCAAAGAUCAGCAAUUCAAGACUGCCAGAGCAGUCCAGAUCACUUACUACCUCCACAACUAUGGCAACGCAAACCAGGACAUCAUUGCUGAGAAAUGGGAAAAUGAAUUCUGCAAGCUCUUGCUCAAACUCUCUGCAGUGAACGAAGACAUUUAUAUCCAAUCACUGACCUCAUUCAGUCUCUGGAGAGAUUUUAAUAAAACGGGCAUGUUGGCAAGGAGUGAGGUGUUGGUGAGUCUGGUGCUGAUUCUGCUGGCAGCCACAGUCUCCAGUUCUAUGAGGGACUGCCUUCGAGGAAAGCCUUUCCUUGGGCUGCUGGGAGUUUUUACUAUCUGUAUCGCCAAUGUUACUGCAGCAGGGAUAUUUUUCAUUACAGAUGGAAAGUAUAAUUCUACACUGCUGGGAGUCCCCUUCUUUGCUAUGGGUCAUGGAACAAAAGGAGUUUUUGAGCUGCUUGCAGGAUGGAGAAGAACUCGAGAAAACCAGCCUUUCAAAGAAAGAGUAGCAGAUACCUUUGCAGAUGUGAUGGUUUGCUACACCAUGACUAGCUCCAUGUACCUCCUUACAUUUGGCAUGGGGGCCAGUCCCUUCACCAAUAUUGAAUCAGUGAAAAUAUUCUGCCAGAACAUGUGUGUUACGAUCCUUGUGAACUACUUCUAUGUCUUUUCAUUUUAUGGCUCAUGCUUGGUCUUUGCUGGCCAGCUGGAACAAAACAGAUACCACAGUGUGUUCUGCUGCAAAAUACCAUCUUCAGAGUAUUUAGAAAGGCAGCCUACAUGGUUCAAGACAAUGAUGAGUGAUGGGCAUGAUCUUUCUACACAUCACGACAGUGUCCCCUAUCAAAAUCACUUCAUUCAGCACUUCCUACGGGAACACUACACGGAAUGGAUUACCAAUACGUAUGUGAAGCCAUUUGUUGUAAUAUUAUAUCUAAUUUAUGCAUCAUUUUCUUUCAUGGGGUGUUUACAAAUUAGUGAUGGAUCAAACAUACUCAACCUCUUAGCUAGUGACUCACCAAGUGUCUCCUAUGCACUUACCCAGCAAAAAUACUUCAGUAACUACAGUCCUGUAAUUGGGUUCUAUAUUUAUGAGCCAAUAGAGUACUGGAACACAACUGUACAAGAACAUUUAAAUACAUUAGGUCAUGGGUUUAAUAGAAUAUCAUGGAUUGAUCAUUACUUUCAGCAUUUAAAAGUCAUCAAUAUUACUACUCCAACCAAAAGCGAUUUUAUAACUGUUCUGCAAAAUUCAUUCUUGAUAAAAAAAGAAUUUCAGCACUUUAAGGAUGACAUCAUUUUUUCCAAAACAGGGGAUGAAGUCGAUAUCAUUGCAUCCAGGAUGUAUAUGGUUGCCAGAACCAGCGAGAACACAAGGGAAGAGGUCGUUGAAUUGCUGGAUCGGCUAAGGCCAUUGUCUCUUAUCAACAGCAUCAAAUUUAUUGUGUUUAAUCCUACCUUUGUGUUCAUGGAUCGCUACAGCUCCUCCAUCAUAUCACCCAUUCUGACGUCUGGAUUUAGUGUCCUGAUUGCCUUAGUCCUGACCGUCUUCCUAGUUAUUAAUCCACUUGGUAACUUUUGGUUGAUAAUCACAGUCACCUCAGUAGAGUUAGGCGUUCUUGGCUUGAUGACGUUAUGGAACGUAGACAUGGAUAGCAUAUCUAUUCUGUGCCUUAUUUACACUUUGAAUUUCGCGAUGGAUCACUGUGCACCUCAUCUUUAUACUUUUGUAUUGGCAACCGAGCACACUAGGACUCAGUGCAUAAAGAUCUCCUUGGAGGAGCAUGGGGCAGCCAUUUUGCAAACUGCAUCCUGUUUUCUCAUUGGGCUGAUGCCCCUUUUGUUUGUGCCUUCAAACUUGACCUUUACGCUGUUCAAAUGCUCUUUACUUACCGCCGGGUGUACAGUGCUGCACUGCUUUGUGAUAUUACCUGUUUUUUUAACAUUUUUUCCACCAUCAAAAAAGAGGCAGAAGAAAAAAAAACGUGCAAAGAGAAAAGAGAGGGAGGAAAUUGAAUGCAUAGAGGUCAGAGAUCAUCCUGAUCACGUGACUAGUGUUUGAAAAGCCCUCCAUUAAAAAGAAAGGGAAUCUACUUGAUGGAAAAUAUUUUGGUGUUGGGAAAUAUGGCACUUAACACAGGUUUACAGUGAUUGGGCUGGCCGCUUAGCCAGGCAGAGGUAGGUCAUAAUAACCUACGCAGUACUGGAGUAUAGUCAAGCAGCACAGACGAUAAGAAAAAAUGCCACUCUUCACUAAUGUACUUGUAAAGAAAUUAUUUUUCUAUACCAAUCAGCAAACAUAAAAAAGUGAUAGCUACCUAUCAAUACUGGUCAUCUGUAUGUACUGUUUUUAUACUUUAACUGACCAUUAAUUAAACUGGGAUUCCACAUCCUUGAAAUGGAAAUCUGAAAGACAGUUAUUCUAACAUACAUCAAAGGGGAGGGGAAUACGCCUGGGUAUAGAUAUGCUUUUCUUAUAAUAAUUAUUUAUUAAUUAUGCAUAUCAUUUCCAUAACCACUUGUAGUUUAAUUAAAUUGUAUGUGAUUAUUAUUUAAUAAGCAUUAGUGAAGAAUGACAUGUUAUAUUAAAGAUGCAGUGAUACUCUGAAAUGAGAUGUUUGGCUAAUGCUUUGAAAGACUAAUUCCAUAAUCAUAUUAGAUCAGUACUCUAUAUGGUUAUAGUUGUAGUGGACAAAAUGACUAUUUGGCACAGUGUAUUUGUUUGUAAUCUGUUGAAGGAAGCCACAUUUCACCCCUGGGACAUUAGUUCUUAUCCAGUUUCUUAUACUGUGUUUCUUAUAUUGCUCCAUCUAAUGAGCAUUGGUAUUAUGAUUAACUCUGAGGGCUCUAGCCUUGUUCUCAAAAGUCAAACUUAAUGGUGUAAUGUAGCACAUGGCACAAUAUGGAAGUCUCUGGUGAGGUGAAAUUAGCAAUUGUACUUUGCUAUUAAACAAAACAUUCAUGCAAAGCUUUAUAUGUUAAAAUAAAAUAAUAUGGUAAUGCAAAAUAAUACAUCUACAAAAACUGUUGUCAACUACAGAUGUUUAAAAUAAAUAAAUAAAUAAAUAAGAAACAGUCACAAACUAAAAUUAUAGGACACAUGUAAGGGUUGCCAUUUAGGGUUUUUAAAUGGGUUCAGAAAGAACAUACUGUAAAAGUAGCAUCAAAAUAACCCUGCUAUGCAUUGAACUGACUGGGAGAAAUACUGUCCCAUGUUGUUUUCAAUGUUGUUUUCAAUGUUUCAAUACUGUCCCAUGUUGUUUUCAAAGUUACAACUUAGAUUGCUGUGAAGUAAGAACUGUCUUCUAAUGUUUUAACAGUGGGUACAACAUGUAAUACAAAUAUAUCUACAUGUUCCAAAAAUGUCAAAUGAAUUCAUUACUAUACAAUGCAGUGUUUCAGAACAUUAUCUUGUGAUACAGAUUCUGGUUUUGAGCAUCGAAACGUAACCACGAAAGGACUUUGUAAUGAAGUGGAAUCAAGCAUCGUUCAAAUGUUAUCAUUGACAUAUCAGGCGAAAUGACCUAUGGACUGUUAACAUGCCAGUCUGUACAUACAGCCUUGUAAUUGGAAGCGUUCCACUAAGCAUGGGCUCAAUGGAUCCCUCAAAACAACAGCUUUUAGUUAAACAUUUAUAUUGAUUGUUUAAAUUUAUUUUAUUUUUAAUUAUAUUCAUCAAAAUAUUAAAUGCUUUGGAAGGGAUAUGAUGCCAUUAGCCCUUUUCGCAUUAAAUAAAUAAAUAAAUAAAUGUUUAAUUUGCAUUAUACCGAACAAAAUAUACAUACAUUUAAAUGCCAUCAAGUCUUUUUUUUUUUUUUAUAAAGGCGCCCGGCCAGACUACAGGGGUCGCUGGACCGCGGUGAGCCGAGAACACCCUGGCCGACCUAACCCUCCCUCCCUUCCCCCGGGCGACGCUCGGCCAAUUGAGCGACGCCCCCUGGGAGCUCCCGUCCACGGUCGGCUGUGGAAUAGCCUGCACUGGAAUUCGCGACGUCCAGACUAUAGAGCGCAUCCUGCACUCCACGUGGAGCGCCUUUACUGGAUGCGCCACUCGGGAGCCCCAAAUGCCAUCAAUUUGAUAUGGUUAUAUACGUUGAUAGAUGAAAUAGUUGCCGUAUUAUAAUAUAUGACAAUAUACAAAUUUAAUAAAAACCUAAAUACAGUAAUUUGCCUGGUUUCUAAAACCCAAAGGCUCUGUAUUGGCUUUCUUGACUUGUUUCUUUUUCAUUGGUCUCCGUAACAUUUUUAUCUUUACAUUUAUGAUUAAAAAUGAAGCUACAUAGUUGAAGCAUGUUUUGAAUUUCUGCUCACCACUUCUGCAAACAAGUCAUUUACAGUCUUCACUUGCCUGUACUGACAGCAGCAUGUGUUCAGGUGUUUUGCUAUAGAAUAAAGUGUACAAUAUGCAACACCUCAUGACUAGGCUGGCAGACGUGCAUUUUAGUAGAGGCUGGUGCGUGACAUUGCCAGUUAUAUACAGGAUGAGUGGUUCCCAGCCACAUUUAGUUCUGGCAUGCUGUCAAAGGCUGUGUGCAAUAUAACAUCUCAUUCUGUACCCAUUUCACCAUAUGUGAGACAAUGGUUCUGAAUUAGUAAGAUAUUAAGCAGAUUUUAAUAUAUAGUCUUCACCAAAAUGCUUUAGAAAAGUCAAUGAUUGAUUGCUUUAUCAAAACCUUGACAAGUUCUUCAAACAAUUGCCAUGCAAUUCAGUAUUCAUUUUAAAUACGGGUUCAACCAAAAAAUCAAUCUGCAAACAAGACAUAACUUGACAAAUAAUGCAUCAAUCCAUGUUUAUACAGGUGGAAAAAGUACAUGUAUUACUUGUUAUGUAUGCCUAAUUCAAUGGUAUAUAAUUAAAGUAAAGGCGGAUAUGUAAAAAGGCAGAUCAAUGAAUGCUGUUUUAAAUACCAUUAUACACAGCUGUAACAAUUACUAUAUUCACACCAUUAUUGUUUUGAGAUUCAGCUUUUAUUGGGGAGCUCCGCUAAAUCCCUUGUUUUUGAAAGAUACAGGGUAUUAAUGCUUAUGAUAGUGCAUUCACUGUUGAGUAACAGGCAGGAGAUCGAGAAGGAGGUUGAAGUUGAUACGUUGACACUAAUCUUCUCUGUUCGAUAAUAAACUAACAUUGCUGAAGAGCUUGAUCAUGGCGGAUAAACAGAUUACUGUACUUAACAAGUAAUAUUGAAACAACAGUAUUCAGCUUGACAAAAAAAAAAUAGGACUACAGUAAAACUUUAGUUUGAGAGCUUCUAUCAAGCCAAGGUCACUUUUGUCGUUUCCACUUAUUAAAUCAAGGACAUUGUUGCAUAAAUGAUUAGGCUUGGGUUUUAAGGUUUACCAAACUGUAUAGUGGUUUGGUUAUUUCAAAAGCUGUCCAGACUAUAUUGUGACCAUCGAAGCAAUUCAUUGUGAAUCAGUGUAUGUUCCAGGAGUGAAAUGUAGACCACUGCAUCCAAUACUAUUGUGAUAUUAUUCUUCACAACAGUCACUGGCAGGACGCAUUUGAUCAGAUGCUCAGAUAGCAAUACUGCAAUAUGUUUAGCAGCUUUUAGAAAAUGAGUGACGAAUGAAUGGUCCAAUGUAAAAUUGCAUGUUUCUAGGUGGACACACAACAAGGUAAUAAAUACAUAGGGGUACUGUAGAGACAGAUUAGUAAACCAGACAACAAGAAAAUAUGACCAGUUCAGUGUUUAAUGUUAAUGUCUAAUAUUGUACUAUGAAUGAUUCAUGUCAGCUUUUUUUAAUAAAUAUAGAAAAACAUGACAUAGCGUAAAAUAAGAGAUGGAUAUACAGAUAUAUGAUGUAUAAUAUAAUUUUAUACUACUUCAUCUUUACCAGAAGAUAUUGCCACAUAAAUGGCUGGUUUCACAGACCCUGAUUAGAACUAAUCUUGGACUGCCUUACCUAAGUUAACACUGAGUAGUCCAAGACUAGUGCUAUUCAUUAUAUAAGUAUAGAUCUACACAUACUUUCCCUGUGCUUACCUGGAGAAUCUGGUACCAUGAAAAUUCUACCUAGUCCUAAUUGGCUGGGUUUCCAUGGAAAAAUAAAAAUAAGUCUCAGCUUUUAUUCACAUUAUUUUGAUAGGAGAAAUUCUCCUCCCAAAUGCAAAUUACCUAAUUAAUAUUAAAAUACAGGGGGUAUAUUUAAAUGUUUCUGUCUGAGUUAUAAUUUAGCCUUGCACGACUACUGAUAUCGUGCAGCUUUAUUAAACUGGGUUUUUAGCUUGUGUUGACGAAUCGCAAGUACAGCCUGUCUCAUUUGACCACCAAAACAAUAUAAUACAAAAUGCAAAAUUAUCCAGUCAAAAUGUUUAGUACAGUACAUUUUCAAAAUACUGGUAGUAAAUGUACUAUAGGCUACCCUACUCGCCCACAUCUCCCACUACAUAAUAAUAAUAAUAAUAAUAAUAAUAAUAAUAAUAAUAAUAAUAAUAAUAAAUACCUAAAUCUGAAUUCCGCAGGGACAGUGCGAGGCUCUCACCAUUAGAAUGUGAUUAUAUAUUUGUUGUUGUUGUUAUUGGGGAUCUAGUAUUCUGGUAGUCCAUACGACUUCUCAGUAGAUGGAAAUAUAGUUACUUCAGUAUUUAUUUUUUUGUUUAUGAAACAACUAAACAAUAAAGCACUUUCAUUUUAUGAGUCAAAUGCCAGUAAUUUGAAACGUUGAAUAAAUGGUGUCACAAAAAAAUAUUGAAUGAAGAGGUCUCUAAAUAUGCUUAUUUUUUUCCUAUUUGGUCAAAGAGCUUCUAUCAGAUCUCAGUUGUUAAUAAAGAAUUGCUUGGUAUGGCCUUUAGUUGAAAAUAGAACGUUUUAACGUGAGAAGGGGCUUUACCCACCCUUUUAAAUCGCACCAUGUUUUAGCCGCGCACCUCCUGUAGCGUGAGGAUUGUUCAUGAUAUGUGUGUGCUACGUCACAUUCUCAUGACAAUGGAGAGAGAGUUUGCAGUUUCAAAAUUGUACUUGUUGACUAGCUAUAUGGAAUUAGGCUUUCUGCAUCAGACAACAUUUGUUUAAAGCAUCAGCAACUACUGAUUAAACAACAUUAUCAAUAUUAUGAAAAACUACAAACUGAUGUAAACAGAUUGUAACAGGUUGAUGUUACAUACGCGAGUCGUCACUGAAUAAUACUGAAUACGCUACAGAGCAGUGGGUGUUGGCACGCCGCACAGGUUUAUUAAACAACACAGGUGCUGCCACUAGGAUGCCAGCAAUGGUAGCCCUAGUGUCAAAUUUAAUAAAGAAAAUUAAACAAAUAAAGGUCUGCCCACAAAUGUCAAGCGCUAGUCCCACUAAAAGGAAUGUCCCGCUCCAGGAACCUACUACACUACGCAAACUCUCUCUAUACUGUUUGGGAUCCCCUAGACUGACCUAUUUCUGGGCUCCUGGAGUCCCUGCAUCCUCACGGCGACUCUAUCCUUUUCAAAAGGCCUCAGCUGGGCAAUGCCUUCACGAGCACCAUCUUGCAGUGGAAGGGUUUUGUGUAGUAGUUCUCUCCAUGGAGCGGACACUCUCCUCUUCGAUGUCAACACAGCAAGCUUUUGCUUAGCCACCCAUCUGCAUGGCUAUGGCCAUGCGUAACCUUGAGCUGUGGCACAGACACCCUUUGAGCUGUGCGCAGGCUCCCCGGGCACACCCACCAGGCACACACCCCCAGCCAAUCAGGACCUCCCGAUCAACUCAGCACAGGGCAAGCCUACCUGCUCAAUUAGUUGCUUAACAACACGUCUCCUGUUCCGCAUCCAAGCUGCUUCCAUAAAGGCAAACAUGCACUCAAGAACCAGCGACAGGGUACUCCCUGGCACACAGUUGCUGACAAAACUGCAGUGAAUCACUGUCUGUAACUCAGACAUUGAAUGGCCAAUAUUGAAGUAAUGCAUGUACAGUUUUUUGUAAAGCAUACACAAACGUAACUAUUUAUAUUAAAAGAUUGUUAGAGCAAAUGCCAUAAUUUGUUUUUGAAAUAUACAGUCUAAUUCCCAAUGUAAUACUAAUACAGUGCUUCCUCGUUUUAAGACAGUAUGGUCAUAGCUCUCAUAGUGCCAUUCUCCUAACACUUUCAUUCUUGUUAUACAGCACAAAUACCACACUCUCUUAACAAAGAUUCCUGACAACAUCAAAGUUAUACAGAUGGAACAAUGCAGAUAACUAUGGGCUAAAUUCAAUAAAAUAUCAGAUUUGGGAGAACUAUAUCUUUAGAAAUGUAUACUGAAUAUAUUCCUGUAUGUUUAAAUGUGUAAGAAAGUCAUAUUUCCCAAGCUAUCUGUUUUUAGACAUUAUUGAUAUUGAGUAUUAUUGCUAUUCCAUUGUAGCAGAGCUAUUUAAUCGACAAUUAUAA